UCUAUAGCUACGGAACGGUUAACGCGUGAAAAGAAACUGCGCUCGUAGUAUAUCAAAAGUUAGAAAAAUUUUAGUUUGAAAAACCAAUCUUUUGUUUUUCGUUUCUGAGCUCAUUUUAGUUUGUAGUCGAAAAUACAACAAAAAAAAACUCAAUUCAUGAGUUAUGUGUGCUUCUCAUAAAACGGACUGAAGGAAAUUAACGUUUUUUUACACUUAUGUGAAAUGUAACCAUAAAAACGGACAUUUGUUUCGUUAAAUUUUUAAGUUUUAAAUUUUCAAAUAAAUUGCUGAACAAUGGCUAUCGGAAAAAUAGUGAUUGUGAUAAGUUUAUGCUUUGCCUUAAUUUCGGCCAGAUCAAGUUUAUCGUCACGUAACGAUGCAACGCCGAAAGGUUGUAAAUGGCAACGUGUUCUGAUUGAUUCGAUGGACGGUAUAGAGAAUUCAAUUAAGCAUACACUGUCGUGUAAAUUACGGACUAUUAGCGGUGUAGAUAGUUUGUUGGGUAAUUUGAGUGUGUACCAAACGGAUCGGAUAUCAUCGCUUAAGUUGGAAUGCAGUGAUGUGUUAUUUUUCGAAAGUUCGUUGGAAGGUGGCCAGCAGGCGGGUUCUUUUUUCAGAACGUUAAGAAAUUUACAAGAACUCAAUAUCGAAUAUUGUAAAAUAAGAUACGUGCCAUCGAUGGCAUUACGUGGAUUAAGGGAUCUGAGAACAUUAUCGCUACGAACACAUAACACAGAUUGGAGUGCGAUGAAUUUGGAAUUGCAUCCGGAAAGCUUUCGUGGAUUAACCGAGUUAAGGCAAUUGGACUUAGCCGACAAUAACAUUUGGAGUCUUCCAACCGACGUUUUUUGUCCGCUGUUUUCGUUGAAAGAACUGAAUUUAACCAGAAAUCGUUUAACCGAUGUCGGACAGCUCGGUUUUUCCGAUUGGGGUAGUGGACCGAAUGUUCCCGGAAAGGCGUGCAACACCGGGCUGGAGCAGCUUGAUUUGUCUUACAAUCAUAUCGCCAAUUUCCCGAACAGUGGCUUCUCAGCACUGAAAACGCUGACAAUGCUCAACUUACAGGAAAAUCUACUCACGUCUCUUGCGGAUAAAGCAUUCGCCGGACUGCAAUCACUGAAAAUGUUGAAUAUUUCAAGCAAUCGAUUGAUUGCUAUGCCACCCGAAUUGUUUCAAUCAACUCGUGCCUUAACUCAACUCUGUUUGCAUAACAAUACGCUGGCGGUGCUGGCUCCAGGUUUACUCGAAGGUCUCGACAGACUGGAAGUGUUGGAUUUAUCUCAGAACGAACUGACAUCGACAUGGAUUAAUCGUGAUACAUUCGCCGGGCUCGUACGGUUGGUUGUUUUAAAUCUCGGUUUCAAUGGACUGAGCAAAAUCGAUCAGUUCGUGUUUCACGGUCUGUACAGUCUACAAAUAUUGAAUUUGGAACAUAAUGUCAUCGAAACAAUUGCAGACAAUGCAUUCAAAGAUUUGAAGAACUUGCAUGCUUUGACAUUGUCGCACAAUAAAUUGAAAAGCAUUGAAGCGCAUUAUUUGUCUGACUUGAGUGUGCUGAACCAAUUGUUCUUUGAAUCAAACGAAAUUGCUAAAGUCGAUACUCGUGCGUUCGAUAAUUUAACCGAUCUAAACGACUUAAGUUUGAACGACAACUUAUUGAGUGACAUUCCCGAAGGACUACGCAAACUACGUUCGUUAAAAUCAUUGGAUCUGGGCAAAAAUAAAAUCCAUUCCAUCCGGAACGAUUCAUUUGUUGGAUUAGAAGAAUUGUUGGGCCUACGUUUGGUCGAUAAUUUACUGACAAACAUAUCCCGGGACACAUUUAAAACACUCGCAACCAUACACGUUUUGAAUUUGGCAUCGAAUCAAAUAAAACACAUCGAUCAAUCAGCGUUCAGCUCGAAUCCAACUCUGCGGGCAAUUCGAUUAGACAACAAUGAACUCGAAGAUAUUUCAGGGGUCUUUACCUCUCUACCUGCAUUGGUUUGGUUAAAUGUUUCGGACAAUAAAUUACGGUGGUUCGACUACAGCCAUCUACCUGCAUCGCUCGAGUGGUUGGACAUGCACAAAAAUAACAUCACCGAACUGGGAAAUUAUUUUGAUGUGAGAAAUAAUCUUCAAAUGAAAAUGUUGGACGUAUCAUACAAUAGUUUGAGUCGACUCGAUGAGGCAAGCAUACCAGACAGUCUCGAAACGCUGUUCGCCAACAACAAUAACAUUGGUGAAGUUGCACCGGGUACAUUCCUGAAGAAGAAGAAUAUCGAAAAAGUCGUUCUCUACGGCAAUUUCAUCAAGAAAAUGGACAUAUCGGCGUUCGCACUGACACCAGUUCCCGAAUCGCGAGAAAUGCCAGCAUUUUACCUAGGCGAUAAUCCUAUCCAUUGCGAUUGUCAUAUGGAAUGGUUGCAACGGAUCAACGAAUUGAGCCAUUUACGACAACAUCCACGAGUCUUGGAUUUGGAUUUGGUAAUGUGUACGAUGGAACACGAGCGAGUAGAAGUCGUUCGACCGUUAAUGGACCUGAAAUCGCAGGACUUCCUUUGCAAAUACGAAAGUCACUGUUUUGCACUGUGUCAUUGUUGUGAUUAUGAUGCGUGUGACUGCAAAAUGACCUGUCCAGAUCGAUGCAGUUGCUAUCACGAUCAUACAUGGAACACAAAUGUGGUGGAUUGUGGAAACGCCGAAUACACCAAAGUUCCGGAAAGAAUUCCCAUGGAUGCAACAGCCAUUUAUUUGGAUGGAAACAAUUUGGGUGAUCUUGCCAGUCACAUGUUCAUCGGGAAAAAGAAAUUGGAGUUGCUGUUUUUGAACAACAGCAAAGUGACCAGUUUGCAUAAUCGUACGUUCAACGGUGUGCCCAGUUUAAAAGUGUUGCAUAUUGAAGAAAAUCAUUUAGCCGAAUUGCGGGGCUACGAAUUCGAUCAAUUGACGAACUUGAGUGAACUGUAUCUCGAUCGCAAUGACAUUUCGUUUAUCGGUGAUCGGACGUUCGAUCAGUUGAAAGGACUUGAAGUGUUGACGUUGAGUGAUAAUAAAAUCGUAAAUUUUGUGCCAUGGAAACAAUUGUCGGCCGCAUCCGAAUCGGGAACAUUAUCACGUGUAACAUUGCGCGGCACCAAGUGGAAGUGUAAUUGUGAAUCGGUAGCACGGCUACAAGAAUGGAUUAAAGACAUUAGCGGUGAGUUUGAUAUAAAUCAAAUGAUAUGUAUGGACGACCGGAUAGUCGGCGAGGUAAUUAAGAUAUGUGGCGAUAUGAACAAGGACAGCUCCUACGCCACACCAACUGUGCAACGUAAUGUAUUGAUGGGUAAUACUCUCAUUGGUGGAGGAUAUGUUCCGCUCUUGGCUGCUAUUCUAGUUGCAAUUAUUGGAACAGCAUUGUUAGUUGCGCUUGCGUGUAUCUUUCGACAAGAUGUACGUUUGUGGGCACACGCAAAGUACGGAGUACGAUUGUUCAAAGAUCCGACAAUAAUCGCCGACAGCGAACAGAAUGAAAAACUUUACGAUGCCUACAUUUUGUACAGUGUCCGGGACUCGGAUUUCUCAGCUCAAAUCAUUGCCACAGAACUGAAUCGUACCGGCUACAAUUUAUGCCUUCACCACAGGGACAUUCAUUCAACCACCUACUUCAACGACUCAUUACAAAGUGCCACAGACGCUUCAAAGAAAUUGAUUCUGAUCGUGUCGAUGAACUUCUUACAAUUCGAAUGGUCACAGCCACAAUUCCGACACGCCCUGCAAACGGUGAUCGAAAACAUUCGACCGGCACACCGGAGUCACAAAAUCGUGCUAAUACUCACAGCACCCAUCGAAAUCAUCAACGUCGAUCCAGUCAUGCAAAUACUAAUUCAAACCUGUCCCACGAUAUGUUGGGGCGAGAAACGUUUCUGGGACAAACUGCGAUACGCUCUGCCCGAUCUAUCACAGAAUCGAGUUGUGAAGAAACUGGGCAAUGUGUCGCGAAGUCCGAAUCUGCGAUAUACACCAGCACCAACGACACUGGAUUCAUGGUGUAAAAAUCAUCCCGGCGCGGCGAUACCAGUCAUAAUCGAUCAGCAACAACAACACCAUCAUCAACCGCAGCACAUUCCCUCACAGAGCACUAGUCAUACCGAAGACGGAUCAUCAUCGUGUGCAUCGUCUCAACACUACGAAGCAGCACCAAUCCAAAAUUACGUGUGUCGAUCGACGGCCUCAUCGCUGGGGCAUGUGUAUUCGACGAUACCGGAAACACCACAAAUGGGACGCAAUGAACGAGCUUACUUUGUGUAGUAGAAUUUUGCGUUUGUCUUUUUCGUUGUAAUUUUGGUUUUGAUUUUGUAAAAAUUUAAACAACAAAAUCCGUGUCAUUAAUUGCCAAUUGCCAGUGUACUUAUUAAAAAGAAAAGAUACAAAAAAUGACGAAGCCUAAAAAGCCUAUUUUAUUAUGCAAAAAUGAGUUGAAUAUGAUAAAAGAAAAUUAAAAUUAAUUGUGCGUCCAAAGAGCAAUUUGAAAAUAUGGUUGAGCUCGCAAAAAUAUGUUUAAUUGAAUAUUGAUAUACAAAUUGAUGGAUAUUUUUCUUAAACAAACACGUGAUAUUAGUUUUGUAAUGGUUAAGUGUAAGUGUAAAACUCGAAAGGAUAAAAUAAAAAAAUUUAAAAAAAAAUCGUAAAAUUGGCAAUUAUUUUUUACAAGAAAAGACGUUUUUUUUUGGUUACCUAAACCUAUGUUGUGUGCGGUGUUCAUUUCGAUAAAAUGAGAUUUUAUAGAUAAUAUAGGAAAAGGAAGGAAAAAGAUUGAUUGUAAUUCAAUGCUUCAAUAGUUCUCAUGUUUUUGAUAUAAUAUACACACAGGUAAUGUUUACUCAAACGUUUCUUUUCACCAACUUUUUUUUGUAUUUUAUUUUUAAAUUUAAUUAUUCAUACUACACACAGCCAACUCGAGAAACACAAUAGACCUGCCACAUAUAUAUUAGAUCUCUCGUACGUAAUUUGUUGUUGUUGAUUUUUUUCUUCUCUCUUUUGUCGUCACCCAAACAUUUUAUUAAAGUGAAAAUAUAAUUUCCAUUUCCUAAAACGAACCAGCAAAAAAACCAGUCAAGUUCUGCUCCAAUUUGCCAACC